AUGGUCCGCGCCCUCAUCCUCGCCCUCGCGCUCUCCGCCACCGAUGGCUUCGUCCCCGGGGCGAAGCAGAGCCCGCGCGUCGCGCGCACGCCGAUGAAGAUGAUGGAGUCGACGAUGGCGCCGAGCGGCGUCGCCCUCGGCCGCGGCGGCACGAACCCCCUGGGCGCCCCGUACCAGUCGUUCAAGAACCCCCAGUCCGACUCCACGAUCCUCGUGCAGGGCGGCUCGCUCCGCACGUGGUCCUACAAGUCGCCCCUCGUCGACCAGGUCCAGGUCGUGCUCUCGACGGAGGGCCGCCCCCUCGACGCCGACCUCGAGCUCUGGCACGGCCCGGACAACACGCCCUGCAAGAUGCGCGUGUACGUCGAGAACGGCCAGCUCCGCCCCUUCAGCUGCGUCAUCGCGACGCCCCGCGGCCCCAACACCGUCUCGAUCCGCAACAUCGGCCAGAUGGAGUUCCCCAUCGCCGCCGACGUCUACGCCAACGACGUCGAGAACCCCUCCGUCGACACCAUCAACUCGGCCACGACCAUCCAGGGCGGCGCGCUCCGCACGUACCCGUUCGACCCCCUGGUCAACUCCGUCGAGGUCCUCCUCCGCACGGACGGCCGGCCCCUCAACGCGCGCAUCGAGCUCCUCCAGGGCCCGAACAACAACAAGCAGGUCAUCGAGCUGUACACGGAGGACGGCAUGGACCGCCCCUUCUUCGCCAUCCUCGAGACGCCCGGCUCGGGCAACGUCGUGCGCAUCGUCAACACGGCGCCCGUCGAGUUCCCCAUGACCGCGGGCGUCGUCCCGCACUCCAUCGACGACCAGAUGGCGUCGGGCGCCUUCGACGGCGACGUCGUCAUCGGCGGCGACAUCGGCUGGUAG